CAAUUUCCCUUACGUCAUCUAUCUAUUCCUACUAUAGCCACACAUGUUUUCGGUUCCUGAAAUUAUGACUUCUUCUUUCUUAUCCUCCCUCCUCUGGACAAGCGUUGCAAAGGCAGCCUGUGAAAAAGUUGGAGUUUAGCUAAUGUGUUUAUGAGUGUGCUCUCUUGACUGUUAAAAGGGUUUCAGGUGUUCUGCUGCCUCCUUUAAGGAAUAUGGAUAAAGUCACAUCUGACGAUUACUGGUCCUUUUCAGACGAUUAUGAGAAUUACACCGUGCCCUCUGACAUGAGCAGUACUCAUGCAGCCCCGUGCUUUCAGGAGAACAUAUACAGUUUUGCACAGAGAUACUCCCCUGUUGUAUACAUUCUGGUGUUUCUCCUGGCUCUUGUGGGCAACGUGCUGGUGUUGUGUGUGAUCCGACGCUACCGAAACUCCCAGAGUGGAGGAGCCUGCGCCUUCUCUUUGACGGACACCUUCCUCCUUCACCUGGCCAUUUCUGACCUCCUGCUGGCCUUCACCCUGCCUCUGUUUGCCGUGCAAUGGGCUCACCAGUGGGUGUUCGGCUUGGCUGUUUGCAAGAUCUCCGGUGCCCUCUUCUCCCUGAACCGGUACAGCGGCAUCCUUUUCCUGGCUUGCAUCAGCUUUGACCGCUACCUGGCCAUUGUUCAUGCAGUCAGCUCUGGCUGGAAGCGCAACACCUGCCAUGCCCAGAUUGCGUGUGCCCUCAUCUGGGUGUGCUGCCUGGGCCUGAGUGGAGUGGACAUUACCUUCAAACAGGUAGUGGAGAUGGAUACUGUAGGCCAACAUAGGGCGCUCCUGUGCCAGGUGUGGUUCACUGAAAACUCCACACAGUGGCAGGUGGGGCUGCAGCUGAUCAGUGUGAUUCUGGGUUUUGCACUUCCCUUGCUGAUCAUGCUCUACUGCUACAUCCGCAUCUUCAGGUCUCUCUGCAAUGCCACUCGCCACCAAAAGCGCAAGUCUCUCCGCCUCAUCAUCUCCUUGGUAUCUGUGUUUGUCAUCUGCUGGGCACCGUACAACUGCUUCCAGCUAACAGAUAGUCUGCAAAAGCUGGGCCUGGUAACUGAAAGUUGCCAGUUUGGCCAUGUGAUGGACAUUGGGACUCUGAUCACUGAAAGUGUGGGGCUGUCGCACUGCGCCCUGAAUCCUCUGCUGUAUGGCUUUGUGGGGGUGAAGUUCAGGAGGGAGCUGGCUAGAAUGUGUAAGGGGCUGUUGGUGCAGAGAAGCAGGAUGGGGAUGGAGGGAUGGAGGGAGAGGAGGCCUAGAAGAACCACAGGGUCAUUCAGUUCUGCAGAAAGCGAAAACACCUCCUACUCUGUCAUGGUGUGAAACUGUUUAGACAGAUGAGUGUCAAGAGGUAUGUGAGUUGAGAUUCAACUGUGGUGUGUGUGUGAGGAGGCUUGUGGGUGAGAAGUGAAGAGUGAAGUGAAGAUAAGUUAACUGAAAUGACUUCAGAGAAAGAAAUGACUAGAUAUAAAUAUAUGUUCAGUUUAAUUACAACUUUAAAAAUGUUCUCAGAGGAAAAUGUUUUCUGCCUGUGAUGUAUUUCUUCUAUUGGUGCUUUGCUCUCUGUUUGCUGGUAUGGUGCAGCUCACAACAUGUUGUUUUGUUGUUGUUUCUAUUUUUUUUUUAAAAGAAUACUGUAGUAAAAUUAUUAAAUGAGGAUGGGGCAUAGAUUAAAGUAGAAUGUCAUGUAACCUUUUGUGAGGAUAAUGGUUAUUUGUUAUUGAUUUUUGUGUCUAUAGGUCAAAUCUUGUGAAACAUCAACAUUGCUCCAUACUAGGUGUAGCCUGUGACUUAGUCAGACUCAUAGCUCACAUCCUUACACAUAGAAGAUCUUUGUCGUCAGAUCCCACAACGUUUGCAGUUGAAAAGCUGUACAUGUUGAAUUUAUAAUUUCUUGCCAUGUAUAUCUGUUCUUGCAGCUCAGUGCUUUAAAAUGGAACUUUGUGUUGCAAAAGAUGGAAAUAAAUUCAUUUUGUAAAAACCCGCCCUC